GUCACUUCCUCCUCUGUCGUUACUUUGUGCUGCUCUUCAACUUCUUCCUCUUCCUCCUGCCGCUCAUUUUGGCGGCUGGCUCGCUGCUCGGCAACAACCACCAACGCUCUCAGGUCGCCAUGUCCAGGAAGGUUGUGAGGACCAGCAAGUUCCGCCAUGUUUUCGGCCAGGCGGCCAAGGCGGACCAAUGCUACGACGACAUCCGCAUCUCUCAGAUGACUUGGGACAGCAGCUUCUGCUCCGUCAACCCCAAGUUCGUGGCCAUGAUCGUGGACGCCAGCGGGGGCGGGGCCUUCAUGGUGCUGCCGCUCGGCAAGACGGGCCGCAUAGACAUGUCCUACCCCACCGUGUGCGGACACACAGGCCCCGUGUUGGACAUCGAGUUUUGUCCUCACAACGACAACAUCAUCGCCAGCGGCUCCGAGGACUGCAGCGUCAUGAUUUGGGAGAUCCCGGACGCCGGGCUGACGUCGCCGCUCACGAAGCCUGUGCUCAAGCUGGACGGUCACUCCAAACGCGUCGGCAUCCUCAGCUGGCACCCCACGGCUCACAAUGUCCUGAUGAGCGCAGGCUGUGACAACGUGGUGAUCCUCUGGAACGUGGCCCGCGGCGAGGCGGCCGUGAGGAUCGACAGCGUGCACUCUGACCUCAUCUACGGCGUCAGCUGGAACCGCGACGGCUCCAAGAUUGUGACCUCCUGCAAGGACAAGAUGCUGAGGGUGCUGGACCCUCGCAAGGGCACCGUCCUCCUCGAGAAAGAGAAACCUCAUGAGGGCUCCAGGCCGGUCCGGGCCGUGUUCGUGUCCGACAGGAGGAUUCUCAGCACUGGCUUCAGUCGCAUGAGUGAGAGGCAGGUGGCGCUGUGGGACCUGGACAACUUUGACGAGCCGCUGACCUUGCAGGAAGUGGACACCAGCAGCGGCGUCCUGCUUCCUUUCUAUGACCCCGACACAGGCGUCUUCUACCUGUGUGGCAAGGGCGACAGCAGCAUCCGCUACUUCGAGGUGACAGAGGAGGCGCCGUACGUGCACUACCUGUCCAUGUACGGCAGCAAGGAGAGCCAGAAGGGGGUGGGCUACAUGCCCAAGAGGGGCCUGGAGGUCAACAAGUGUGAGAUAGCCAGGUUCUACAAACUGCAUGAGAGGAAGUGUGAGCCCAUCAUCAUGACUGUGCCAAGGAAGUCUGACCUCUUCCAGGAGGACCUUUACCCCGACACCAUCGGCCCGGAACCGUCCGUGGAAGCCGACGCCUGGUUCGGAGGAAAGGAUGCCCCGCCCAUUUUGAUCUCCCUCAAGGACGAUUUCGUCAGCACCACCAAAGCCAAAGAGUUCAAAGUUCACAAGAGCCUCCUGAAGACGACCAGUGCUUCGGCAGGCGGGAACCACACGGACGGAAGCGGGGAGCUGCAGGCGUUGAGGAGGGACUUAAAGGAUUUGAAAACUGCGUUGGAGGAGCUGAGUCAUCGCGUGAGCGUCCUGGAAAGCAAACAUUAAUUUCCCCGCAGGACUUUCACGAAAAUGACGACAAAAUGUAAGCAAAACAAAACAUUGAUAGAUAAAAUAACAUCUGACUAGAGAAGCACGAUGAGGAACAUUAGCGUCACUCCUCCUGGUGCAAACCUUUUUUUUUCUUCAGUAUUUUACUAUCGUUUUGUUUUGAAAUAAAAAAUGACAACAAUUGGCUAAACCAAA